CAUGGCAGACGAUGACAACGCCAGCGCCGUCCAUGGUAUAAGCUCAGGCUGCGACGACGACACUAAAUGCAAUGUACUAAGUUGGGAGCAAGUCCAGCGCCUGGACUCCAUCCUGACCGAGACCAUCCCCAUCCACGGCCGUGGCAACUUCCCCACUCUGCAGAUGAAGCCCGGGCAGAUCGUCAAGGUGGUGCGCUCCAGGCUGGAGGAGAAGAACAUCAAGGUCCGGGACGUCAGGCUCAAUGGCUCGGCUGCGAGUCACAUACUGCAUGAGGACAGUGGAUUGGGCUAUAAGGACUUGGAUCUCAUCUUCUGCGCAGAUCUCAAAGGAGAGGCCGAGUUUCAGACUGUCAAAGAUGUGGUCUUGGAUUGCCUUUUGGAUUUCUUACCCGAAGGAGUUAACAAGGAGAGGAUAACCCCACUCACCCUAAAGGAAGCUUAUGUUCAGAAAAUGGUAAAAGUCUGCAAUGACUCAGAUCGAUGGAGUCUGAUCUCAUUAUCCAACAACCAUGGCAAAAAUGUGGAGCUCAAAUUUGUGGAUUCUUUGAGGAGGCAGUUUGAAUUCAGUGUAGAUUCAUUUCAGAUUAAGCUGGAUUCCCUUUUGCUUUUUUACGAGUGCUCAGAGUACCCAAUGACCGAAACUUUCCACCCUACAAUUAUUGGGGAGAGCGUGUAUGGAGAUUUCCAAGAAGCCUUUGAUCACCUUUGUCACAAGACCAUUGCCACCAGGAACCCAGAGGAGAUCCGCGGAGGUGGCCUUCUCAAAUACUGCAACCUUUUGGUAAGAGGUUUCAGGGCAGCCUCCGAAUCCGAUAUGAAGUCUCUACAGAGGUACAUGUGUUCUAGGUUUUUCAUUGACUUUUCAGAUAUUGGAGAACAGCAAAGGAAGCUGGAGGCCUACUUGCAGAACCACUUUGUGGGCUUAGAAGACCGCAAGUACGAUUAUCUUAUGACUCUGCACAGUGUGGUCAAUGAAAGCACAGUAUGUCUCAUGGGACACGAAAGAAGGCAGACUCUGAGCCUUAUCACCAUGCUAGCCAUCCGAGUACUGGCUGAACAAAACAUUAUUCCCAACGUGGCUAAUGUAACAUGCUACUACCAGCCAGCCCCAUAUGUAGCAGAUGCCAACUUUAGCAAUUAUUACAUUGCCCAAGUUCAACCUGUCUUUACAUGCCAGCAACAUACAUACUCCACUUGGCUACCCUGUAAUUAAGACUGAUUGAAUGAUUUCUUAGAGGAAAACGUUCCCUAAGCAUAUAAAACAGGGGAUUGCCCAGUAAUUAAAUGGGGUGCGAGUUUGAGAAAUGAUGAUCUGCUCUAGGUUUCAGUCUUUGGGAAGCUUGUGGUUCAUAUAGAGAAUUCAUGAGAGCACGAUCAAAAUGAUAAGCACCUAAUUAAUUGGGUUUCAACCCCAGAGCACAAAGCAGCCUGUCAUUUAAAGUUAAGAGAGCCUUCUGUAUGCAGUGAAGGAAUGCUUAAUGUAAGUACAGGUUGGCAGUUCCUGCUCACGUAACAUUUGCAUAGGAAGAGGUUAGUAAAGUGGAUUUUUGCAAAAAAAAAAAGGGAGUAUAGACUGAACUUUUCCUUCUGAAUUUGAAUUCUAUGUAGCAAAGCGUGCGUGAAGGAAAACACAUUGGAUAUAUUAGAAUGACCAUUGUGGUUUUACAGCGUUUGAUCUUGAGUCGUUUAGAAUGUAUAACCUGGCUGCUUGCAUAGAAUGCUUUUACCAGACAUAACGUUCCUUCUAGUGAACUGCGGUAGGGUGAUACAGUUCUGAAGAAUGCCAUUCAACA